AUGCCAGAGCCUCCGAGCAGCUGGGCCGGCUCGGCCCACCCACCAGUAAAAGCCGCUCUGAUUGGCCGGCCGCAGCCGGGAAGGCGGGGCCAAUGGGGGUCGCACGCCCUGGUGGCCGGGGCUCCGGUCGCUCCCGCCGACCAGCCGGGUCCUCCACCGGCCCAGAGAGCCCCGGCCCGGCCCCGCCCCCGGCGCGGAGAGCAAGGCCCCGCCCCUGCGCCUCCUGCGCGCGCCCGGGACUCUCCUGCCUUCCCGCCCUUCCCACCCUUCCCGCCGGCCGCCUCCAGACCUCUUCCCGCCGCUUCUCCGCCUUCGCGGCUCGACUGCAAGGGCGCGCGGAGCGGCUGGAUCCCACGCGCUCGCUCCCAGGACCAGAGGCUGGACCCAAGUAUUCAUUCCGAAUGUGACAGUCUGACCUAUGAGAUCAGGAACAGGAAGAGUGAGGAGGAAGAGGAAGCCCUGGAUGAACGGAUCGAGGUGAUGGAGAAGGUGUUACCUCUCUCCCUCAUCGCCACCAAAGGAGGCAUCGAGUCUCUCAUUUCCCUCUGCUCCACUCUCAUUGAAGGACAAAGAAAAGGAGCACAAGUGUCCAAACGCACCUUCUGGCAGGGCUGGCGGGAACAAAGCCCACAAAAAGUGAUAUCCUGCCCUCAGCCACUGAGCCCAGAACAGAUGCUCCAGGACAAGCACACUACCUGCAUUAGGGUCUCCGAGGUGAAGUCCAUGCUGCAGGAACUCCUGGACUCCACGAUGUUCAACCAGGGGGAGGUUCGGGCCAUCAGGUACAUGUCUGCUGUGGUCGAGAACCUCAACAAGGCCUUGAUGCUCCAGCACAAGGAGAACAGAAGCCUGGAGGCCAAAUACAGGCACCUGAAAAUAGAGAUGACCAAAGAACUCAGCAGCCAGAGGCUGUACUUCCAGAAGUCCCUCCAAGUCCUCAAGAGUAAGAGAGAUGCCCUACUAAAGCAGGUAGAAAUUCUAGGGGGAAAGUACCAUGACCUUCUCCUGAUGAAGCAUGCCUUAGAGUUCCAGCUGAAGAAGGCUCAGUCUGCUAGAGGUCAGGCAGAAUACUCAGUCAAGAUCUUGGUUGACUCCCCAGCCCCUGCCACGAAAGAGGCCCUCCCAAAGAAAGAAACAGUCAUAGAGGAAACCCAACAGGAACCCAAGAAGGAGGAGCAGUUUUCACCACUCUCCCCAAGUCCCCUGGCCAUGGCCUGGGAUAGUAGUGCUAGGCCUUCCACAUGUCAACCACUUUCCACCAUGACCGUGCAUUCAAGGAUUGCAGAUGUGUACAGGAGCAAGGACACUGAAAAUCUUCAGCCUGUGUUGCCAUCCUCCAUGGAUCACAAGUUUCCUAAGAAAUGGGAAAGACCGUCAGCAGAAAGCCCAGGCCACAAAGUCAAAGACCAGAAGGACUUCUUCCAGGAAGUGACCCAGGAGAAGGAAGGACUCCAGAUGAAGUCCCAUUUUCAGAAGCAGCUGUCCUCAGAGAGCUCUAGGAAGGUGGCCUUGGAGAGCAAGCCAGAGCACUGGGGAGAGGAACUCAGCUGGGAGAGGCGAAGGCAGCAGUGGCUGGAGGAGGAGGAGAUGUGGCUGCAGUGGCAAGAGAAGUGGGCCCUGCUGGAGCGGGAGAAGCGGCGGCAGUGGCAGCAGGGGGAGGCAGCAAGGGGGCGGCAGCAGAGAUCGGACCAGGAGCACGGGGGCCCGUGGAGGGGGCCGGAGCAGACAGGAGAGGACGUGGAGAGAAUGGGCUUCAUGCCCACCAGUCAAUGGAGGGACUUGGAGGAGGCAUCACUGGCACCUCCCCCAAGCCGGGCCCAAUCUGCUCACCAAGGCAGGAGGCCACACUUGCCCAGGCCCCCUAAGACCCAGCAGCCUGCCCCCAGAAACCAGAGGACCAUGAGUUCAGCCAAGUUUACUCAGAAACCACGGGCCCGCUGUGUUCCCACGAAGCCCAAGAAGACGGCCUCCCUUCCUGUCACGGGGACAUCCCUCCGAAAGGUGACCCAGCCCCCUUUGCAUAUAUCUCCAGUAACUCUGAAGGGGAAGGUAUACCACGUGGAUGCGGAGUCCCAGAGGAAGAACCUGCGGCUCCUGACUGAGGAGGAUCAGCUGGGGCUGCCCCGCCACCUGCGCAACAAGGUGCGGGAGCUCACCACCACCGCCAUGGAGCCGAACGCGCUCAAGCUGUGGUGCCUGUGCCAUAAGUACAUCCUCUACAGACAUUUCCGGAGCCUCCGACAAGAAGUGAUCAACCAUGUACAAGUUGUGCGAGAAGCUGGGGCUGCCUACAAGGCCCAGAACCUCUACCUCUUCCUGGAAAACAUUGACCGCCUGCAGAACCUCCAGCUGCAGGCCUGGACAGACAAGCAGAAGGACCUGGAGGAGAAGCGCCGAGAGUGCCUGAGCAGCAUGGUGACCAUGUUCCCCAAGCUCCAGCAGGAGUGGAACAUUAACCUGAACACCCCUGUGGUCACCUCCCCAAAGUCAAGGAAAAGCAAGCCUCCCUCAUCCUUACUGCGUCACAUCCAUUCCAGCAGCCCCUCAUGCAAGCGACACCUGGAGCUCUUCAUGACCAAGCACCAGCAAUGUGUGCCCCUGCGGAUGGCCCACCAACAGGGGAACCAGCUGGAGGCCAUCUGGAAGACUGAUUUGGCCUCCUCCAGUCACCCAGUAGAAAAGAAGACCCCCACCAGCCUGUCCUGGGACCAGCUAGGGGGGUACCCAGAUAUUCCCCGGCUGUUGGCAUUGGAUGUGCAUUCCUCCUACCACAAAAGCUUGAGGUCCCUCAAGGCCCGGUAAGAUGCAAGGCUGGACGGUUAAUCUGGAUUCAGGGAGAUCUGCCCACCAAGGGCCGGGGCCAGGGUACACACUUCCUGUGUCCAACCGCCCAACAGCUAUCUUUCCAAACAUUAAUAAUGACCUCAUUUACUGUACCACAUCAGACAGAGAGAUGCUUACCUGCCUCAUUGGCCAUGAGCUUGGGUCCCCAUGCCAGCACCAUUCUAGUUCUCUCAAAGGACUCCACACGGCGUCUCAGAAGAUCACGACAGAAGUCCUUCCUUCCCACUUGCUUCCUGGGCUGCACAUGAAUUGCUCAAGAGGUGUUUCUUGCCCUAGGCCUGGGGGUUAUUGUCAAGGAGAGCCAGGUGCAGGUAUGGAGAGAUAAGAGAGACCAAAAAUCCCAGGAUAAACUGGGCCCGUCUUUGGCAUUGUCAUUUCCUUAUUGCCUUCUGGAACUGCCCCUGGGAAGAGCAGCUGAGGGGAGGCGGGCAGGACUCAAUGGGCCAACAAGGGACUUUUCUGGUUAGGAAGGUUCAACUCUGCCUCCCUUGGCUUGAAGAUGUCAAUAUUGAAGACUCAAGGCUCUUUCAAGGAGCCUUUCUAGAUUACUAACCCCAGCUGCCUCUUGUGGCCCUGGCCCUGCCCCAGUUAAAGAUCUUUGACAGGGAUGGGAAUUCCCUGGCAGUCUAGUGGUUAGGAUUCGGUGCUUUCACUGCCAGGGCCCAGGUUGGAUCCCUGGUUGGGGAACUAAGAUCCAGCAAUCAAUCAAUCAAUCAAUCAAUAAUAUCUUUGACAGGGAGAGGGCACUGAUGCCUGCCAGUGUAGACCUAACCAGAACCAAGGCUGCAAAAUGCUGGUGCUGCCCCCAUCCUCUCGACAGGAACUUAGGGAAGACAGGGUGGCAUGGCAGCAUCAAAGGAGGCUGGUCCUUGGCUCUGGUUCCGCUCUGAAGUGGGCCUGAGAGUCCCAGCUGGACAUCAACAUUAUAGCCCACCUAGUACAUAGAUACCUGGUUUUCAGUUCCUGAAGCGUUCCCCCGUGUGUGUGUGUGUGUGUGUGUGUGUGUGUGUGUGUGUGUUGUUGUUAUUGUUGUUAUUAGUUGAUUUGGAUACAGCAAACAGAACUGAGAAUAACCAAAACAACUCUGGCAGAGUUUAGUAACCCAGAAAUCAACUGGGGCCGCACCCUGCUGAGAUUUGGCUAAACUUGCCCCUGACUCUAGCACCCCCAUAGUGGUAUCUCUCCUCUCUGAGCUCCUUCUCUCCCUCUGCAUCCCUGCCAGUGCCUGGGCUCUGCUCGGCAUCUGUUUCAACCUGAGACACCAACCCCGCACACGUGAAUAUGUGCACAUAAAUAUCAAGUAUACACACUCCACUUGACCCCAAGCAUUUCAUGAUCUUGGUAACUUUCUGAAAAUUUAGCGGGGUGAUAGGGAAAGGGAUUCACAGUGAGCAGUACCAAAGAGCAGCCUCCUUUCUUCCCCUCUCUCUUUGGUUUAACAUGCAAAAUUCAAAAACUCUUUCCCAUCUCUCAUGCAGAGCUGUUCCACCUACACCCAGGCCGCCACUGGGAUCUCAGCUUCAGACUUAAACACUAAUCAAAAUAUUGUUCCCAGCAAAGACAGUUUCUCCUUUCCAGGGGAAUUUAGGUGAAUACAAUUUUCUUCCCCUUUUUCAAACUCUACCCAAGUUUUUUCAGUUUAUCACACUACCAGGUGUGGAGACCAAGCCCUGCUGCUUCUGUCUUCUUUAUCCACAUGCCAGGUUGGCACCACCUACCUGUGUGUCAAGCUGGUCCUCGAGAUUUUAGUGUGGGUGCUGCCUACAUUGUCUUGGGAUCUUGCUGCUGUGGCAUGAGAAUCUGCCGCUGCCCAGGCUACUGCUGCCCUAGGGUGGUGGUCGUGCUGCUUUCUUUGUGCAUUCUCCGUGCGUGUGCACCUCUGGAGACACACUGCUUCCACUCCCAAACGUGCACCCUCUCUUUGGCCGCCUGCCCCUGGCCCACCUCAAAUCUGCAGGUCCACCUGUUGUGUGGGUCCAGGUCACUCACCUCUUCAUGAUCCUGCCGACCUCACCAGCUCCCCUGGCCAUGUUGUCCAGUUCACAGCACCAGCUAGUUUCAUAACUAGGGCCAGCCUCGCACCGACAGUCCCAUUCUCCUGGUCUGCCUGGCAUUGGCAACCUGUCUCAUCAAACGCCCGCUGGGGUGUCCUCUCAGCAUGUGGGGAAGGGCUAUUAAUCUUCCCUCUGUGAUUUGGGACCAUGUCCUUCAAAAACCAGCCGACGCCCUUCUCCAAGAUCUUUUUCUGCUUUGUCUUACAAGUGUCUCCCCUGGGCUCUCUGUCCGACAGGUAAGAUAGCUAUGUGCCUGUACACACCAAGCACUGUCUGCAGUUAGAGAAGUAUCUUAACCUCGACUCUAACUGCCCUGCCCUCCCUUGCUCAGAGCCUAUUUCUGCACAAAGUACACAAUGGUUCACAUGUGUGUGCUGAGAUGCAGUGAGCAUGGAUUCACAGACUUCCGACGUGGUGCUGACAGAAGAGAGAGCUUAUAACUUGGUUUCUGGGAAGGAACCAAGAUGGGGGUGGAGAGGAAGAAACGUGGAUGGGUAGGAAGGAGCAGGAAAGAGUGAGGGGAGGGAAGAGGGAGUAUUCUGUAACGUGAAACAGGAGGAAGAUUCACAAGAAAAGAAGCAGAGCCCCUGGGAUGUGGCAGAAAUGUUGUGUUAAGCAGUUCUGCAUUGGGGUCAGUCUGGGCCCAGCCCUGGACUGGUCUCCCAGAGAUGACCAGGGAAGCUCUCGGGUGGGCUGGGUGGGUACUCACAUCUCAGGGCCUUGUUUCAGCUGCUCCCCAACCGGUAACUGUAUUAACUGUUUCAGUGCCUCAGUGACCCAAAGGAAGGAAGGCCAGGAACACCUAGAGGAGUCAGCUGAGCUUGUUUGUAGAAAGUCAAACGAGUCCUUCCCCGGAACCCUAAAAAGCCAGAAGGAUCGAGACAAUCCCAGUUCUCGCUCCAUGCCUUAGCCAGUGGGUCUCAAAUUUGUUCCAAAUGCAGAUUCCCAGCUGGUGUUUUUAAACAAACACUCUGGGUACUGCUAAGUAAUCCUAGAACUUUGAGAAACACUACAUUCCUCCUUCAGUCCCCAAACUGUACAUUUUUAAUAAAAUAGAGAUGUGUUUAUUUUUUAAAUUUUCUGCCUCAUUGCUAAAACCCACACCAACUCACUCAUUUUUGGAACCAGGUGCAUGACCACCUGGCCACUGACUUAGACACCAGUCACAGAGGAUCCCCCCAGUGUUGUGUCUGCCCUCCGGGAGCCGACCAGCCAAGACAGCCAUGAUUAGUGCCUGGCACACAGCAGGGCUCAGUAACUCUAAAAUCAGAGACACAGACAAAUAAGUAACUGAUAUACUGAUGAUGAGCGUGAAAGCUCAGAAGAUAAGAACAAAAGAAGAUACUGAGUACAAGUCAGAGCCAGGUGUGACUGGGUGUGGGAGCAAAGGUGAGUGCAUCUCUAAGAAGUGAGGACAAAGAUGGAAGAAAUAGAGACACAGAGGUUCCAAAUCUAGACGGUGUGGGCUUAGGAGGCCAUCCCUGUCCGUUAAUUAAUUGUCUUAAUUCAGGGAAGACACUACUUUGGUUGGUUCAUACAGCUUAUGAGCACCACCCCAUCCUCGCUCUCCCUCGCACUCCCCUCCCUCUCCUCCCACCUAGCCAGACCAGACCUAGGGACCAGGCAUGAUAAAACGUUAGCUAGGAAAUUACCCUGUUCUCAGAGGCCCCACAGUCCAGUGAUUCUGUUUCUUAGGAAUGGAACACCCAUCCUUGCUCCCAGCUUAAGGUUGAAAUUCUGGAAGGAAGAAGAGGAUGUAGGAUGCAAACUGAUGGCCCUUGGAUGAUGCCAGAGUAGGAUUUAAUUUCUGAGCCACAGCUCAACGUAUCACAAGGAAGCCUGGCCGAGGGAGGAACGUGAGAGGCAUUUCUGAUGCAGGUCACACACAUGGGACAGCUGUGGCAGGGAAGGGCCAUGUCUAGCCUUUCAGGCUUAUUUUCUGGAGGCUUACCCCAUUGUAGCCAACAAAUUAAAAUGCCCUCAUACUAAAUAUAUUGCUUUAUAAAUAAUUUGAAGGGAUUUUUAUAACUUUGCUUUCGAAAUUAAAUGAUUAUGAGUAAGUUUUUUUAAUGUAUAGUUGGCUGUGACUUCUCAGCAAUCAUCAUGCAUAGAGAUGAAAUCUAACAA